AUGUUCGCUGGAGUUACAUUCGUAGUCUUUGUGCUGAUUACCACACUGCAUUCGACGGUCGAUGCUUUUUUGGGCUCUGGAAUGCUGGGAAAUGUCUUCGGAGGAUAUCGUGACUACGGCAGAUACGGAAAUUGGGAUAGCGGUUAUUCUGGAUUUUAUCCAGGUGGUGGUGGAUUUGGCAUGGGUGGUGGCUAUCCGGGAUAUGGCAAUGGAAUCUAA